AUCAUUUUUUUUUUUUUUUUUUUUUUAUUAUCAGAGUUAUUGUUUAAAAUGAUCCAUCCUUCUGGUUUCUUAUCUUCGGGAUAGAUGUUGGAAAUCCUCUACAUGAACUCGUUUAUACACUGCGCACUCCAUCCUUUGGAAAAAUCAUUGUUUUGCUUCUAUGCCUAAGUCAUAGAAAUACUCCUUACGAAUUUUGGUCUUUCUUUUAUGUAAAGAAAAUAAACUUGAAAAAAGAGCUCUGCCAUCUGCUUCCAUUUGGGAUUUAGAGGUAUUCCAAAAACAUACAAGUCAGCAUUAUUAAGAGGCUAAGGCCAAGGAAAUUUUGAUGUCCUUUUUGAGUUCCUUUGAUAAGUUUCAACAUCAUUUGUCGCGAGAAUCCAGAACUCGUGGAAAUGGACCCUUUCAGAUGUUGGAUCGCAUUAAGUGUAACAAGGAUAUCGACUUGAUAUCGUUUUCAGGUGGAGUUCCCCUUCCAAGUAAGUUUCCUAUUCGAAAUCUUUCUGUCCGGUUUCCAGAGACUGGGUACUUUGAAGAGGAAAUUGAAAAUCGUUAUCCUAAAGAGGUUGAUGUAUCGUUUGAUUUAGGAAAAGACAAGAGUGAAAACAAUUUGGACUUUGAAGGAGCUUUACAAUAUGGACAAUGUCAGGGUAUUCCAGAACUAGUUAACUUCAUAAAGGAACAUGUUGAGCUGGCGCAUUCUCCACGUUAUAAGGAAUGGGAAAUUAAGUUGACGAAUGGAAACACAAUUGGUCUUGACUAUUGCUUAAGAUUACUUGUUAAUUAUGGAGAUUCUGUUCUUAUAGAAAAAUACACGUAUCCAGCUGCAAUAACCACAAUGUCUCCUCUGGGAGUAAAAUUUGUUUCCAUUGACAUGGAUGAAGAAGGCAUGCUUCCCGAGAGUUUACAAGGAAUAAUGGAAAAUUGGGAUGCUUCGAACGGACCAAGACCUCGUGUAUUGUACACGAUCCCAACAGGUCAAAACCCAACAGGCUCCACUUUGCCAAUCGGACGGAGAAAGAGAAUUUUUGCGUUAGCUCAGAAAUACGAUAUUAUCAUCAUUGAGGAUGAACCGUAUUACUUUUUGCAAAUGGACAGUUAUCAUGGAAAUGUGCUGGCAUCAGAAAUUCAAAAGCAAGAUAGUACACAAAAUAUUGGUGUAUCGUCGUUCGUUAACAAGCUGGUCCCCUCUUUUUUGAAACUUGACACUGAAGGACGGGUUUUGCGACUCGAUUCAUUUUCGAAACUUAUUGCUCCAGGUAGUCGAUUAGGCUGGAUUACUGGUAACCCGCUGUUCAUUGAUCGCAUUACGCGAGCUGCAGAGGUAUCUACGGAAAGCCCUUCGGGUAUCUCUCAAGUCGCUUUGUAUGCAAUUUUAAACCAUUGGAAACAAGAAGGAUUCUUCCUUUGGUUGCAAGAGCUACAACGCACGUACACUACUCGGCGAAAUGCGUUGCUUCAAUACGCAGAUAAGUAUCUUCCAAACAGUAUCUGCUCUUAUCAAAUUCCAAAUGCAGGUUUGUUUUUAUGGGUAGAGCUUAAUAAAGAUCGUUAUCUUUUCAGCAGUCAGCAGAAGUCUGUCCCUGAAAUUGAAUUGGAAAUUUUUCAGGCACUUUUGCAAAAGGGAGUGAAGCCAGUAUGUGGGCAAUUAUUUAUGGCUUACCCAGAAAAUAACGAUCGGAUCUUCUUUAGGUUUGCCUAUUCAAUUGCCCCUAUUGAUAAGUUUGAAGUGGGAUUGCAGCGAUUUGCUUCAACACUGAAAGAUUUUUUUAUCUUGGAAAAAGAAGAAUUGCAGGCCAUGAUAUAAUGGCAGUUGUGUGAGAAAAGACCAGCAUUUAGCGAGAUAAUCUUUUGUAUAGUUCAGCCGAAAUGAGGAGGGUGAUUUCUGUUUGAAUCGAAGUCCCAAAUUAACAGAAGAGAGGAUGGCAUAAUGUUCCAGGUUGGUUGGUACCUUAGACAAAAGAUUUUAGGAGGUCUCACUUGAAAUGCUUUCAAGUAAUAAUACCAGUGAAGAUCUGACUCAAGAGUCGGUAGCAGUGAAAAUCAUCCGGGGUUUAAUGUUGUUUUUUAAUAGUCCCUGGAAUAAUAAUUAUUAUGUAUAAACCA